CUGUGCUAGUCAAAGCAGAUUAAAUGUGUCCUUAUAGAAACUCCAUAGCUGUAGUUAUCGCUAACAGGAAGUCGUGGUACAGUACAGUUCACAGAGAUUAGUUGUGUAUCCUUUCGUAAGAAAAAAAUCUGAAGGGAUCGUGAGUGCACAUUUGAUGCUCUUUGAACUGAACAAUGGUUGGAAAAAUCGCUGGAAAAUCUAGGUCUUCUAACUUCACAGUAUCAGAAAAACUGGAUUUACUUGAACUGGUAGAGCCAUACGUGAACAUUCUCGACGAGCAUACAAAUAAGCACUCUAUUGUCAUAGAGAAAAAUAAAUGCUGGGAAAUUAUAGCCGAAAAAUACAAUGCCCGUAGAGGACAACGACCUCGCCGGAGUGCACUGGGGCUACGAACGCUUUAUAAAAGAUUGAAGGAGUAUGCUAAAUUGGAACUGCUUCAUUAUAAAAGUUGCAUAUCGGAGUCCACUAGGAAAGCGAUAGAAGUUAUUCCACGGAUAUCACGAAUAUUUCAAGGAAGCGAGCAGAAAGAAUUUCAGUGUGACUCUGAGUCUGAUGUUUCAUCUGGGAAUGAUAAUUCAUCUGGAGCAUUUCUUCUGAAGAAUUUUGCUGGUCCUAAUAUGGGAUUAAAGCAGGUUGCUUAUUGUAUGACUUCUGACCCCACUGAUGCAGAGAUUAUUACAGAAACGGACUCUUUCAGAACUCCAGAAACGAAGAGUGGUAGCAAGAAGGAGAAUGUGUCUUCGUCCAGUCCGGAGCCUCGCAGGUCUUCAAGGCAAAGUUAUAAAAGUGAUAGGCAUGUCCCAGGGGUGGAGCAGUCUGCUCAAACACAAAAACAUGUGGUAGAAGCAGAAGAACAAGAAAUUACAGAAGAAUGUGAACUGUCUCCUGUGUCUGUAUUGCCACAGGAAUGCCACAGAAUGUGGAACAGGAUGAAACCUUCCUACAGGGUAGAAAACGAAGACGACUUGAAUGCACCUUUCCAUUCGGCAUCGCCAGAAUUGUUGAUUUGUCCUAGUGCUGUUAAACUAGAAUUCAGGAGUGAGGCAGAUGCUAAGCCUUCUUUAUCAGUUCCUAUCAACCCACAACAUGAAGUGUUAGAACAAGGGGAAAACACUGAACCUGUUUCUGUCACAGAGGAGUGCAUUUCUCCAUCUCUGUCUCCCUCUCCUUCUUUUGUUAACAUGGACAUGGGGAUCGUUCCUUCUGCUAGCCCAGCUUCACAAGAGUUACUGCUUCAGUCACAGAAUGUAGUGAGCCUAAGGACUGCAUUUGGGCAUGACCCAGGGGUUCUACAGAUGCUUAAAGAAGAACAUGAAAUGAACUUGGAAAACCAAAGGAACCUGGCUUUGUAUAUUCAAGAAAAGAGGGAAGGACUUAAGCGGAAGCAGCAACUAGAGGAGGAACUCUUAAAAAUAAAAAUCAGAGUGGAACAUUAUAGGGCUAUACAACUGACACAUGGCCUGCCAGAAUUCAGUAGCUUUUAAUUUGUUUUUCAGGAUAUGACAUUGAAGAACUACUGUGAUUAACUGUUGGAAUUUCCUCUUUUGGUAUCCUCAGCUUGGCAUAGAUAUUUGAAAUAUCUAGCUUCUGUGCCCAAGCUUAUGUAUGGUUCCUUUUAGCACCCAUCAGAGUAUGACAUACCAGGCUAGAAGUACACUGUUUGGCCUUGCACUCCAUUUGUUCUCUGCAGCUCACAUUUUGGGUCAAAGAAUAAUGUGUGUCGUAGACAUCCUUCCACUUCGUUGCGUAAGAUCUUAGAGAUUCAGAGUGUCUGUGCAUCUGAGUUACACUGGCCUUAUCUGUAGUCUUUUACUGUCCACAGGAUCCCUUACCUGCACGCACUUCACCCAUUCAUUCUUCCUUUGGGGUGAAAGCAGUCUGCCCAUUCAUUCCUUAAUGGAGGUGGGAGUUGGGUUUUAGGGAGUGGACCAGUCUGUAUAUCUUGUGCACUGUCUUAUCCCCACCCACUGGCAGUCUUGUGAGCUCCUCUAUAACUACCUCAGGAGGUACUUGCACAGUGCUGUCCGUGGUCCCCUUCAGGCAACCCACUGCUUGCAGUGUGGCGCUCACUUUGCAGUUCAUUCCAUUGCAUUUGCCAGUGCAGUGUACCUAGCUGCAUCCCACCCGCCCCCCCAGAAUGGUCAAGCUGGUAUCAAAUGCUCACUACCAUUGUUUUCUGCUUGUGCCACUAGUCAAACUUGGGUCAUCGGGUGCUGAGAAAGUUGUGUUCCAGAACAGUUUAGGCUAUCUGGACUGCCCCCCCCCCCCCCAACACCUUUACUGAGUUGUCACUUAAGACAUAGGAAAACAUACAUCUCACUUAACUGAAACCUGGCUAUGCUUAUGCUUAUCCCCUGGCUGACAGCCAUCUCAUAUUAGUCUCACAUCCACACCUCUCCCUCCCUCUGUUAACAACCAAAUUGUAUUACUCCAGCCUAUUUAACUAUCUCAAGUCAGUACUCUAGUCCACUCAUAUCUCACUUCACUUCCCCUAUCUCUUGCAAUGCCCCCAGCUUACUCUUGAGUCCAUUAUGUGCACUCCUGUAUUCAAAUGUGUAUGUAUAGUAAUAUCUACUUCAGUGUUUACUGUAUUUUGUAAUUUGGUUAUAACUCUUAACCGUACUCUGUUAAAAAAAAAAAAAAAAAAAAAAAAGUAUGUAUUUUUCUAAGUUGUAAAUAAUGUAUGCUUGUUAACUGAGUCCUUGAGCUUUUCUUCCCAGGCCUCCACUGAAAAUGAUCUGUAUGUCCAGUCGGACCUUCCUGGUAAAUAAAUGUCAAAUUAGUAAAUAAAUAAAUAGAAAACAAGCCCUAUUGAUUUUUUCAAUUACAAAAUUUACACCUACCCUUUUCUAAAGAUUCCACUUCCAAUUCAUUUAUCUCUGUUAGUAUAUUCAGUGCUUCAAAUAAAGUUGGUUUAGACUUGGAUUUCAAUUUUCAAGUAACCACUUUUUUCAGCCACCAAAAUUAAACUUGGCAAGGCCUUACUAUGUGUAGGCAGAUGUUCUUCAUGUUACACUGUUGCAGUCAUCACAUUUGGGUUAUCC